UGCUCAUGUCACUACAUAAAACUAUCAGAUGAUUAGAGGAAGGCCAUGGAGGCGCACGACAGCUAGUCUCUUCGAAGGGAAACCCCCAAAUGAAGUCCAUUUCGCAACCUUAACGGGACAGGCUGAGACGCUUUUCCGGAAAAUGCGCCCCGUCCUUCUCUAGUGCGGAGCCGCUCAUAGACUGGCUUCUUUACGCGCACCGCAACUCCAGCUUUGCCAAGACUGAAACUUUCUUCGGCCGCCGUUUACGUGACAAGAAUCGAGUUUUCCGUCGAGGAACCGAGGGAAGCUAAACUUUCUACUUUAACAUUUCCAUUGUGUUCAUUUAUUUUUGUUUUUACGAAACAUCGAGGAUGCCUCGUCCGGGGAGAAACACGUACAGCGACCAGAAGCCACCUUACUCCUACAUCUCUCUUACCGCCAUGGCAAUCCAGAGCUGCCCGGAGAAGAUGCUGCCCCUCAGUGAAAUUUACAAGUUUAUCAUGGAUAGGUUCCCUUAUUACAGAGAAAACACGCAGCGGUGGCAGAACUCUCUCCGACACAAUCUGUCAUUCAACGACUGUUUCAUCAAAAUCCCCCGGCGCCCUGACCAGCCGGGUAAGGGGAGCUUCUGGGCUCUGCACCCCAACUGCGGGGACAUGUUCGAGAAUGGAAGUUUUCUGAGGCGCCGCAAGAGAUUCAAGGUGCUGGGAGCGGCAGACCACCUGGGCCCCACCAAGCAGUCAGAUGCUGCGCAUUACCUCCAGCAGCAAGCCAAGUUGAGACUGAGCGCUCUGGCGGCCACAGGCACGCACCUUCCCCAGAUGUCAUCGUACAACCUCGGAGUAUCCCAGUCGUCCACCUUCAAGCACCCGUUCGCCAUAGAGAACAUCAUCGCCCGGGAGUACAAGGUCCCCGGCAGCUUGGCGUUCUCCACCAUGCAGACAAUGUCCGCCGGGUACCCGUUGCACAACCAACUCACGACGGCCUGGCCCCACAUGUACAACAGCGGCGUGAUCGACACGGCGGCCCCGAUCUCCAUGACGAGCAGCGACUACAGUGCGUACGGGGUGCCCUUAAAGUCGCUGUGUCACGGGGGACAGUCCUUACCGGCCAUCCCCGUGCCGAUCAAGCCCACCCCGACCUCCAUGACGGGCUUUUCCGCGCUUCCGCCCCACAUCCCCGCUUUCCUAUCAAACUCUCCACAGUCUCUGAGCCCGACCUCCCCACAGACAGCGACGAGCCAAAGCAGCCCGGCAACCCCGAGCGAAACUCUGACAAGCCCCUCCACGCUGCAGUCCGUGGCCGUGCACUGAUCGCCCGAACUUUUCCAGACCCCACUCCUCUGAUUACCAAAACCCAAAGUUUAUAUUUUCUGCAGUCGGACACUAUCAAGGCGAGUUGAGGUUGCAUAUCGACUUAUUUGUGUAUAUGUGUUGAAUGUGUCGCUUUAAAUCGUGUCUAGUCUAGCACAGAACUGCACACGAACUAUUGCUCUUGAACAUAUAAAUUAUUUGAUAGUUCUAUUUUUCAGUUUGUUGUGAUACGUAAGUGUUGAUGAUGGGGGCCACAGCAAAGGUGAACAGGGGUCGGGGUGCUUUUUUUUUUCUUUUUUCUUGACAAGAACUCUGAUUUGAACUUUUGCACCGUUUCCGUGGGACCACCAUAAUGUCAAUAAUAUAGCAAAGGGAAAAAAAAAGAAGCUCCGUUUUGUUUGCUUUUAACGCUGGAGUGAUGGUUAAAGGUAAUACCAAAUAGGAGUAGUUUAGAUCAGUUCAGACACCAUCCCUGGAAAAAAAAAAAAAA